AGUGCAUUUUCUAACUUUCUACGGCGAUUGAAUAAAUAAUAAAUAUCCUCGUCGAGCGAAUCGCGCCCGUGCUCUAAGCGAUAGCCGUUCAGUCGUCGUCGGAAGUUGAGCGCAAAUAGCACGAUUGCGAUAGCGGGCGCGCAUCGAGACCGGUCAAACAAAGCCAAUGAUCGAAACAAGCAAACAUCAGCAAAAACUGCAAUCAUAAAUAGAAGUCGCUUUGACGGAAAUCUCAUUUGGCGAUGUGUUUGGCGCUGCUAAUUAACAGUGUUUGUUAUUGGAGGAUUCAUAGUUAUCGGAGGCGGAAAAUAAGCGGGCGGGAAACACCAACUACUGGAGGAACAAGUUUUAUCCGGAUGUAAUACAAUGUAGCUUGAAUAAUCGUCAAUAUCAUAGAAACAGCCCGGUCAUAUCAGUUUGACUAUGAACAGCAUACAUCGAACGAUAAUCUUGGCCAUUAUCUCAGCAAAACUUCUACUAGUCCAAUCACAAGAAACCACUUAUCCCAUCGAAAUCCACCGGAAACGAUUCACCUGUCCGGAGGAAUCAGCAACUGCCAACUGUAGCUGCGAAGAAUACUCACCGAAAGCGCAUUUUCACUGCCCGGAGCUCAGACCGACGUUAUUCGUGGACGUGGAAGACCCCGUACGGGUCAAUCUCCAAUGCCGUGAAGGAGUGUCGCACGAUUUCCAGAAUCUGCCCACUCUGAGGAUCGGAAAUGUUAGUCUGCUGUCGGUGACGGAUUGCGCGUUGGAUGAAGAUCGGCCGAUCAUGGAGACAUUUGGAUUCCUGGGGGUGACAAACGUUAGGAACCUGGAGUACAAUAAUCGCAAUAAAGGUGUCCAGUACAACUCAAGGUAUUUUGAAGGGCUUGGGCAGUUGGAAAAUCUGACGCUUUCGAGAGGAGUGAAGGGCCUUGAGAAGGAUACAUUUUCGAGACUUCCUCAACUUAAAAGGCUAAUUAUUGAGUACAACAGUCUGGAUUUGCAGGCAGGUAUAUUUGAAACCCUGGAGAACUUGACCUAUCUCGGUCUAGUGUACAACCAUAUAAAUGAGCUCAAGCCGGGUUUGUUCAACGGUCUGCGGAAUCUGGAAGCACUUUCGCUAUCUUACAACAGUAUCAAUAACCUAACAGCGCAUUCGUUUAAUGGUUUGAAUUCCCUGCGAAUGUUGAACCUGCGAUUCAACCACAUAGAAUCAUUCGAUGCUGAUACAUUUGCUGAACUAACGGAACUCUUCCGGCUGGAAAUAGCUAGCAAUCCGUUCAUCAGUUUACCGAGAGGUCUAUUCUCUCAAAAUUUAAGGCUGGAGACCUUAAUCCUUACAUAUAAUAGAAACUUGUCUACGCUUCCCGAGGAGUUGCUAGCCAAUCUACAAGAGUUAACCAUCAUUAAUCUGAGUCAUAAUGCAGUAAGGCAGCUCCCGGAGUCGUUAUUCCAUGGGUCAACUGGAGUCACCGAGUUGAAUCUAGGCUACAACCGACUAGAUCAUUUGCCGGAGGAGCUGCUGAGCGAUCAACAACAACUGCAGGUUUUGAAACUCGACCACAACCAGCUGGAAUCGAUACCAGAGCACUCUCUAGAAAGAAACGUUAAGUUACAAACGCUCUAUCUUUCACACAACCAGUUGAAGAGUUUAUCUGAGAAAGCGUUCAGUAAACUGACAAACUUGAAAGAGCUCCAUCUGGAAAACAAUCGACUGCUAGAUAUUUCUAUUCUUGUUUUUAAUGGUACAUCUAAACUGGAAGAGCUCUACAUGCAGAACAAUCGACUCGCCUGGCAGCAGAUGAGUUUCAAACAAGAAGUACUACACUUUGCUGAAAUCGACAGCACACCAUUUAGCUUUCUUACAAAGCUACGAAUCCUGAAUCUGAAGAACAAUAGCAUUUCGACGGCCUUUCAAGACUGGUACACCAACAACCGUGAACUACAAACCCUGGAUCUCAGCUUUAACAAAAUACCAGUACUUAGCGGCACGCAGCUGCAGUUUCAAUCGAACAUUUCAGUGAAUCUUUCUUAUAAUAAAAUUACACAUAUAUUUCUUCUGCACGAACUGGUUGUGCAACCGAGUCAGACGAUCAAUGUCGACCUCAACAAUAACCCUCUGAACUGUAACUGCAACUUGAUGAAAUUUGUUCAGUUAGAUCAGUCCAAGUCGAAAACUGGACUUCAGUUCACCACCGAUCAACUCCACUGUGCUGAACCUCCAAACCUUCGAGAUAUCUCCAUUGACCAACUACAAACCAAAGACCUAUUGUGCGAUUUUAAAUCUGCAGAAGACUGCCCAAAUAAAUGUCAAUGUGCUAUGCGAACCCUCGACUACACAGUUAUUGUUAACUGCUCCGGGCGCGGACUUACCACAGUUCCAGAAUUGCCAACACCUUCAAAGCUUCAUGAAAACUUCAACAACCUUGAGCUCCACAUUGAAAACAAUCAUCUAACCAGACUCCCAAAUCUAACUGGGUACCGCGAAUUGUCCCAAAUAUAUGCCAGUAACAACUCCAUUCUGGAACUUCUCGCACAGAACAUACCACCCAGCCUUCGAUUCAUGGAUCUCAGUCAUAACAAACUACAAAUGAUCGACGACCAAACGCUGAUAACGCUGAACCUGUCCACCCACCUCGAAACCCUUCAACUUUCUCAAAAUCCUUGGCUUUGCGAUUGCUCAGCAUCCAAUUUUCUAAUCUACGUCCAGCAAAACCACCACCUGAUCUCCGACAUAUCCGGAGUACUGUGCCACCCAUCCGGCAGAUCCCUCGACUCCAUCACUGUCAACGACCUGUGCUACAGAGACUACACCACGCGAAUCGUUAUCAGCUUCACAAUAGCCGCUUUCGGACUACUAGUCGGACUGAUGGCCGUCCUGUUCUUCCGCUACCAGACUGAAGUCAAAGUGUGGCUCUUCACGCACAAUCUCUUCCUAUCGCUCAUAACCGAAGAGGAACUGGACAAGGACAAACUCUACGACGCUUUCAUUUCCUACUCGCAUCUGGACGAGGAGUUCAUCGUCGACGAACUGAUCCCCAAGCUGGAAAACGAACCGAUGAACUUCAAAACCUGUUGGCACGUUCGGGACUUCAUGCCCGGCGAGAUGAUCAUGACGCAGAUCAUCAAAUCGAUCGAGGCGUCCCGCCGAACGCUAAUCGUACUGUCAAAGAACUUUCUGAAAUCGAGCUGGACCAAGCAGGAGUUCCGCCAGGCGCACGUCCAGUCGAUGGAGGAAAACCGAGUGCGGGUGAUCGUCAUCAUCUACGACGAUUUCGGAGACAUCGACAGUUUGGACGGGGAUCUGAAGACCUACCUCAAGACCAAAACCUACGUCCGGUGGGGCGAUCCGUGGUUUUGGCAGAAGCUGCGCUACGCAAUGCCCCAUCCUCUCAGGGUGAAGGGAGUUAAGUCCGCCGUGUCGGACAUUGACUUGAAACAGGUGAAGACAUUGGAGGCGCCGUCGGCUGUGUAGCACUUGCCCCGUUAGUACAAAACUUACGCUUGUAAUAGCUGCUCUUCAACUGUUUGGUUUAAGUAUUGUUCUGUAACUGUUUGUCGACUGUAUGAAACAGAGUUUAAGUGUAAGAACAAUUCGAAAAUACUCAUCGGAAUCCUAUAAGAUAAGCUGUUGUCAUAGUAAACCGUUCAAAGCAUAUGUUAUGCUGAUACAAAGCUAUUAUAAUUGCCAUGAUAUAUACUAAGUCAUCAAGUAAAAGAUUUUAUAUAAAACUUUCUGUAUGUACUAGUUUUGUUAAGGUGGUUCAUUUUCUGAGGCAUCUUAUCUUAUUUUUUUUUUGAUAAGGUCCUCAAUUAUAACCAUUGAGUGGUAUAGGUUUAAUCAGUAAAUAGAGUAAAGUUUUAAACGAGUUCUAAGAUUAAAGCUCUCAAUUUAGGAAUUCUAUUAAUUUUCAAACCUUCCCAAAAUUUUAAUUAAAAUGAAAUGCAAUGAAAAAACGGGGUUUUAUUUAAU